AUGCUGGAGGAAAGCAGUGUCGUGGAUAUCGGCAAAGUUCUACUCGAUUGUGACCAAGUUGCACACCCGUGUGGUAGUUUCGAUGCCAUCCCAGGCAGUCUUGCAUUCCGGAUGGAACACUCUACCACCUUUCGUUGGCGCGACGAGUUAUCCUACGUCCUUCCACCUCCCGAAGCACUAGAUAUGCUCUCGGACAGUUAUUUCAACUCGGUCAACUGGUUUAUGCUGGCAAUCGACGAGCCCAAAUUCCGAGCACGGUCGACCCGAGUGCUGGCAAAUGAGUAUGUGAGCACGGCUGAUCGCAAUUUUAUUUUCUUGAUGUCUUUGGUCUGGGGUCUUGGGGCCCAUUAUCUGUGGACCAGCCCUGCAACAUCUUCCAACAUGCCAGUUCCCACCUCGUUGAUUGCAGAGAUGAUGAAAGUGCUCGAUGUUGCAUAUUUAAGAAUAACGGCGAGCCCGACUCUGGAGACUGUUCAAAUUGCAAUUUUGUGGGGAAGCUUUCACUUGUUCAACGGCUUGCCAUAUCUCGGCUUUACUAUCAUUGGAAGCGCCGUUCGAUGUGCCCAAGCCAUCGGCCUUCAUCGUCAACAGCGUACUAGCAGCACAGAAGAGUCUUGCUUGGUUUGGUGGGCCGUGGAAAUCGGUGAUAAGUUUGUUCCCGAUCAUGCCUCAAGUGUUUGUUAA